AUGGCUGAAUCUGUCCCCUCACAUGGACUGGGAAUAACCGCGCCCUUUCCAAAUGAUUUCCCGCGAACUGUAACCGCUGGUCUAGGCCCUGUUCCCGACCCAGAUUAUGUCUUCAGUGGAGCCGCCCUGUCACCUCCACCACCCCCCGUUAAGCGGACUCGGCGAAGUCCUAAACCAACGGCGGCAGCUCGCGAAGGGCCGGUCACCAUACUGCCUCAUCCGGAAGGUCUCCAACGAUUAGAGCAGGAACGCCGGCGAGAGCAAGUUGAUCCUCAUUCACACCAACGACCUCGGGCGCCCGGCCGAGGGCGACGAGACCCGCAAGCUGAGGAAGAGGAUGUAUUUGUUGAACGGUUACGGGAACAGAACCUGGCAUGGAAACACAUCCGGGAGAUGUUCCGGGAGAAGUUCAACAAGGACGCAUCGGAGGCCCGCCUACAGAUGCGGAUGCUGCGCAGGCGCAAAGACCGCUCGGCUCGAUGGGAAGAGAGCGAUGUGAGUACGUACAUCAAACCUACCUUCUCAUCUUGGCCAGCUGCUAAUCACCAGGUUGCCUAG